AUGGCCAGUCCUAGUGACCUGGCCCAGAUCUGGCAGUGGAAUGAGCUGGUGCCAGCACGUGUGGAUCAAUGUGUCCAUGUCAUCAUUCAAGAGCGCAUAGACGCACAGCCGGAUGCACCCGCAAUUAGUGCCUGGGAUGGUGCACUGACAUAUGCUGAGCUCGGCCGGCUUGCCACGAAUUUGGCCAGUCGGCUGGUUGGUCUAGGAAUUGGCCCUGAUACUGCUUCGAUCGUACCGUUAUGCUUCGAAAAAUCCAUGUGGACAGCGGUCGCUAUGCUCGGCGUGCUCAAAGCUGGUGCAGGCUUCGUGUUGAUUGACCCUCACCAGCCAGAACACCGUCUUCGGAGCAUAGUCAAGCAGGUGGGGGCAAAUCUAAUUGUCUCUUCACUCACACAGAGCGAUUUGAGCUCACGGCUGACUCCAAAGUCGAUCAUUCUAUCCUCACAAUUGUUCGACAGUUCCCACAAUCAGAUAGAUUCAUCCAUGUUGAUUCCAGACUCUUCUUCUGUCGUUUAUAUUGCUUUCACUUCAGGAAGCACUGGGGAGCCAAAGGGAGCACUCAUAUCGCAUCGAAAUCUCGCUUCGGCUCUCCAUCAUCAGCAUCAACGGAUGGGAUUCACAGCCACGACGAGGUUUUACGACUUUUCCUCGUAUAGCUUCGAUGCCUCUAUCGGAAUCUUUUUUACAACUCUGGUGGCUGGUGGCUGUAUCUGUGUCCCCAGUGAAAACGAUCGACGCGAUAAUUUGAUUCAGAGCAUCGUAUCCUUGAAUGCGAAUACAGUUGAUUUAACUCCUUCCGUUGCGGCACUCCUAUCACCACAUCUGGUACCUUCUCUGGAGACUGUUAUUCUUGGGGGCGAGGCCUUACAAGUACGAGAUGUGAGCCGAUGGUGGGAUUCAGUAAGAGUUAUGAGCUUCUAUGGGCCAUGCGAAUGUACACCGACGAGCACAAUCAACUACGACGCCAAGACGCCCGAGGACGCAGUGCACUUGGGAAAAGGAGCUGGUCUUGUAACUUGGCUCGUGGAUCCGGAGAAUCACCAAUCACUAGUCCCGCUUGGCGCUGUGGGCGAGCUACUUCUCGAGGGGCCGCUUGUUGGUCUCGGAUAUCUUCACGAUUCAGAACGAACAGCGGCAUCAUUCAUCGCGGAUCCCGUCUGGCUACUUGCCGGUGCAGUCGGUCGGCCAGGAAGACAUGGACGUCUCUACAAAACUGGGGAUUUGGUACGGUAUCGCGAGGAUGGCAGCUUGAUCUUUGCCGGCCGCAAGGAUACUCAAAUCAAGAUACGGGGCCAGCGGAUCGAGCUUGGUGAAAUAGAACAUGUCCUGCGCGGACACGCCGGCGUGGAUGAUGCUAUUGCGGUGGUGCAUAGAGACGAAGAUAAUGAGAGUGAGUGGAUUACUGCAUUCAUCACUGUUCACGACAAUGGAGCUGCAUUUCAGGCGUCGUUUCCGCUGGAACAGUGGGAAAGACGACUCACAGGCGAAUCAACAUCUAUCCAUUGCGGCCAUUGCGAAACACCUAGAAGAACCUUCACGAGCUGGGAGAGCAUGUAUGACGUCAGCGAAAGAGAUGCGAAGCAAGUAACUGGAUGGCUGGCUGGUAUGAUCGAUCCAAUGGCCAAUAAUUGGGAUGCUAGCCGCCUUCCUGAGAGAUGGACUCGCUCUGAGUUUGUCCUCUUUAGCCUGCCCACAGCGGCAUCCACUAAUACCACAGACCAUACACCACACGAGGGCGCAGUCAAUUUCAUCAAAAAAAUCAUCGAUUCAACGCCUGCCGUGGAAAAGACUGCCACAGUAUUCAAGGCAGCUCCAUCAGACCUAGGACCACAAUGCCUCGCGAUAUCUUCAGGUCUUGUUGUUCUGAACUCCAUCAUUCACUUCUUUCCAAGCCAGGCCUAUCUUCUCAACGUUGUCAGGGAAGCUCUGAAGCUAGAAGGUGUCAAGACAAUCGUGUUCGGACAUGUACACUCGAACGUCCUAUAUCGAGAGUCGCUUGUUGAAGGGGCAAUCCGACUUUUCGGCGAAACUAUUAGCCACGACAAUAUCCGAAGCAUAGCCGAGAUCAAGCUAGAUGGUUCUAUGCUCCUCGUCAACCCAGCGUUUUUUACCAGCCUACUCGACAGGUUCCCGGGAGAGAUUUCCCACGUCGAGAUAAUACCCAACGAGACUGACGCCGGGAAUAGAUUAGGACCUUUACGUUACACCGCUGUUAUUCAUGUCCGUUCCGAAGACACGCAGCUUCACAUUCGACAGGUUAACCCGGUCGAAUGGGUCGACUUCGAAGAACAAGGGUUUGAUCGUCAAUCACUAUUGACCCUUUUGAGAAUGGCUUCAGAAAGCGCAAUUAUACCUGUCACCAAUAUUCCGUACAGCAGGUCGGUGCGUGGACAACGCUUUCUCCAGCUGCUUGAAGGUGGAGGUGAGGAAGCCACCAAUCCAAGGGGCUGGAUGUCACACGACCGUAUUGCUGAACACAAGAGUUCACUGUCUGUUCAUGAUUUGGUGGACUUAGCAAGGCAUGCAGGUCGCCGAGUGGAAGUUAGUUGGACGCUGCAGUCAUUACAGCGUGGAGCCUUGACUGCCGUCUUCUACCAUGAUCCUCCGACUGACGACAAAACAAGAGUUAUGUUUCAAUUUCCGCCAGAAGUUGACCGAACAACCUCUCUUGACAUGUUUUGCAGCCAGCCAAUGCAACAAAACAUGAACGACAAGGCUGAAAACGAACUACUUGAGCUACUUCGGACGAGGCUCUCCUCUUAUAUGGUUCCUCGUGUGAUCAAGGUCCUGGACAGAAUGCCGCUCAACAAUAACUGCAAAAUCGAUCGCAGAGCACUUGAGAAACAAAUACAAAGGAGUAUGAGACAAGGCAUGCCUAUCUCGGAAGACAAGAUGCUAUCGGAGCACGAGGGCCAAGUACGCCAGAUUUGGGGAGAUGCUCUUCGUAUUGAGCCCAGAACGAUCGGGCCAAACGAUCGGUUCUUUGACAUUGGCGGAGAUUCGAUUUCAGCUAUGAAGGUAGUACUAGAAGCUCGAAAAUACGGUCUUGCAAUCACUGUACGGGAUGUAUUUUUUCUGGAAGUACACGAGAUGGCAGAACGGAUAUCGUCCCUGUCACCGUAG